AUGUUCUAUGUCUCUCCCCACCUUAAGUCUUUACACAGAUUUUGCGUCAAUCCAGCUCCGCCCAGAUUCUCUAUUUGUCGUCUGUCUUUCACACACAUCUGCCAGACGCUCCUGGACAUUACGGACGUUAUAGCGCGACUCCAGCUGUCAACUGGUGAGAAGUGCGUCUAGCGCAAAGCCACUUAUUCACCAGACAUCGGUGCAGAAGGAAUGUGGUUGUGGUGGUGAAAAUAAAGGCAGUGGAUGUGAAGACAUCUGUCUGGUUUGGAUCGAUCACCUGCAGCAGAUUACUAUUUAACUGAAUCCAGCAUAGACAAGCAGAGAAGCAACAACUUCUUCACAGCUAUGUCAAAGUACCCAAUUUUGGCUGCAUGGCUGGUGUACUGGCUGUGUCAUAGUUAUUCUGUUGAAGCUAAUGUGAUCUGCGAUGAGACCAAAAUGACAGUAGCAAUUGAGAAAUCUUCAUACCCUCGCCUCAGUUUGAAUCAUUUGCGGCUCAGUAACCCCACCAACGGUGCCUGCAGCGUCCGCUCCAACAGCACUCACAUCUAUUCUGUUGUACCCCUCAACGAGUGUGGCACUCAGAUUGAGGAAAAUGAUGAAAACCUAAUUUUCAAGAAUGAAAUCACCAUAGAGGACAACACAGGAGACCUGAUCACCAGGAAAUGUCUGUUUGAGCUGAAGUUCUACUGCCAGUACCCCAAACGAGGAAAUGUGACACUGGGUUUCUCAGUACAUAGAAAGAGUGUCACAGUGACCCAAUCAGGCUUUGGCACAUUCACCUACAAGUUUGAAUUCUAUUCUAACAAAAACUUCAAAAGCCCAAUUGAGCUACCGUCAUACAUUCUUGAGUGUACCAUCGGGACCAGGAUUUACAUGCAGAUAGAGGCCACCUCCUCAUUCAAAGACGCCAAGUUGUUUGUGGAGUCCUGCAAAGCUGCACCAGUUGACAACCCAAAUUACGAGCAAACCUACUCCAUCAUUGAUAAUGGGUGUAAUGUGGACCCGACCUUCGAAAUCCAUCCUGCCGCCCAUGACAGACAAUUCCGGUUCAGCAUGGAGGCCUUCAAGUUCAUCGGCCUGUAUGACCAGGUGUACGUCACCUGUUCAGUCAUGAUUUGUGAAGCACAGAGGUCUGACACCAGGUGUGCAAAGGGUUGCAUCAACUCGAGAUCAUGGCCAAGUGAUCAGCCCCAUCAACGGGGAAAGAGAGAGGCUGCGCCUGUCACUCAGAGUUUACGGCACAAUAUUUCCCAGGGUCCUCUGCGCUUAAAGAGGUCAGCAGAGAGCUCUGUAAACCCAGGGAUCAACUUGAACCUGAACUUGGUAUUCAUCGCUGGAUGUCUUCUUGCAGCUGUUGGCAUGAUCAGUGCAGCGAUCGUGUACAAAGCCAAAUUGUCAAGUGUCAGAUACCAACCAUUGCCCAAAUAUGAAAGUUAAGGCAACUGCAUGCAGAAUACCUAUUCAUUAUUAAUAACAUUUAAAGCUUUUUGAUUAGUUUUGCUAUCAUAUAUUGAGCAUGUAUCCAAUUAUGCGCCCAUUUAAAUCAAUGCAUUUUAUUUAAACACCUUUAGAAAUGUCUACAGCUAUAUAAGAGAAAAUACUUAAGAGAGGGAGUAUCUGUGCCUGGGCAAAAAGGUAACCAGAAAAGAAAGUUUUAUAUUAAUUAACACUGAGAGGACGAUCAACCAGAACUGCACAGGAUUAUUAUCAUAAACUAAAACUGACACUAAAACAAAAUGAGCAGUGAACAAUAUUGCUGUAAACUUAAAGUAAAUAAAAUUGAUAUCUUUAAGAAAAACUGAAACUAACCUGAAACAAUGUUGCCUGCCAAGACAAGGAGAGCGCACAAAUUUCUGUCUACUCUCUUUUCAUUAUACCACAGACAUGGAGUAGACUUGACAUGCUAUGCUGCAGUUGCUUCACAAUUAAUCCCUAUUUGCAGCUUAGUCUUGUAGAAUUUGAUAACAAGAACAUGGUUUAGGACGAAAUAUUGUAGAGAAUCAAACUCAGGACUAAUGUUAUCCAGCUGGGGUCAGGAUGACAUUGCAGGUGACAAGUUUUCUUCUGUGGUAGUGAAAGAGUACUCAAGUUGAUUUCUAAAUCAAAAGAUUUAAACAUUAUGUUAAUAAUGCUAUAAAUGCCAUUUUAACACAGUUCUCCAACCAUGUAUUUUGUAUAUACAUAUUGCUACACACUCCGAAAACUAACUAAAACUAAACAAAAAUGAAAAAAGUCAAAACUGAAAUAAAAUAAAUACUAACUGAACAUUUAAAUCUAUCAUAACAGUGGUUCUGCAGCUGCUGGGUGAUUAUUCUUUUGUGGUGUUUACUAUUGUUUACUGUGGGAUUCCUAGUUUUACAUAUGCUUCUACUAUUAUGUAUUACGGUAUGAUUUCAAACAAGUAUCUUGAUCUAUACGUGUACUCCUACCCAGUCAUAAUCACUCAUAUGUCAGAUAUCAUCAUUACAUGACUAAAGCCCUUUAUGGCUGGAACAGUGUGAGGUAUGACACUUGCUUAAUUAAUGGAUCAAUAAAUACAUAUAUUCUUUAGCAUAUUUUUUUGCUUUUGUCCA